AUGUCCUCGCAAGGUAUCCUCGUCACCGCCUCCAAGGUGGCUACCCCAUUCAAGUCUGAGCUCCUCAACACCCUCUCCACCCCCCGUUUCGCGUCUCGCCCGCCCCAUCUCGUCGGUAUUCUCGCGACAAAAAAGGAGGACGCCAGGACAUACGCCGAGUUUACAAAAAAGGCUUGCGAGCAGCUCGGUAUCAACUAUGAGUUGAGGCUCGUCGGUGAGGCUCGUGAGGGUAUGGACGGCGAGGGUGUUGGAAUUGAAGUCGAGGAGGCCAUCCUUGAGGCCAACGAAGAUCCUGAUGUUGAUGGGCUUAUGGUCUACUACCCCAUCUAUGGUGGUCGUCAAGACCAGUACCUCCAAUCCGUCCUGUCACCCCAAAAAGACGUUGAAGGUCUCAAUCACCAGUUCCUCUUCAAUCUCUACCACAACACCCGUUUCAUCAACCCCUCCACUCUCCGCCCCAUUCCCGCUUCCCACAUUGCCGAAGCCCUCCCCAGCAAGGGUAAGCCGGCCAACGACGAUAUCGCCCCAGAAGGCACCGUCAAGAGCAUCUUGCCUUGUACACCUUUGGCAAUCGUCAAGGUGCUGGAACAUAUCGGCGUCUACAACAAGCUACUGGCUUAUGGUGAUCGUGCGAGGGGAAAGGUCAUCACUGUGAUCAACCGAUCGGAAGUCGUCGGUCGACCCCUUGCGGCCCUCCUCGCAAAUGACGGUGCGCGCGUCAUCUCGGUCGACUUGGACUCUAUCGUCGAGUUCUCCAAGCGUCCUUCCACGGAAGAUGACAAGAGAUCUCUUGGUCAGCACCACAUCACUACGCCUCUCCCGGAUAUGACGCUUGCCAAGGCGCUCAACAUCUCUGAUGUUGUCAUCUCUGCCGUGCCCGUGGACAGCUUCAAGGUGCCCACGAAAGAGUUGAAGGAUGGGUGUAUCUGUGUGAACGUUGCCGGGGAGAAGAACUUUGAGGCUGAUGUGAGAGAACGAGCUUCUAUCUAUGUCCCCUCAGUUGGUGUCAUGACCAUCACCAUGCUCCAGCGAAACCUCUUGCGAUUGUGUGAAUACCAAGACAUGAUCAAGGAGCAGAGCAAGUAA